AUGUCGUUGGCGCCAAGUCCAUCCAAUGGCCCCAGCAAGAGAUGGCAAUGCUGGGAGUGCCAGCGGCGGCGUCUCGUCUGUGAUUCCCAGCGCCCCGUAUGCAACAAGUGCAAGACUGCCGGAAUCACCUGCCCGGGAUACGACGACAAGAAGCCCCUGACUUGGCUGGCUCCGGGUAAAGUGCUGGCUCGCAAUAGACGCAAGAAGAAUGCUGCAGGCAACCCGUCGUCGUCAGGGCAGGAGGUUAUCAUCAAGGGUGUUACCCAAGUGAAGUCACUCACUCUUAUACGAAUGACAGCACCUAAUCUCCCCAGUACGGCGGCAGUUGCGAGAGCUUAUCCAGUGCCUACUAAGAUCUUACGAACGGACCUCUGUGACGUCGUUGAGGCGGCGAGCUUCUAUUCAUCAUACGUAAUCCCCAGAACCCUCGAUGCUCUCCUUGUCCAGGAUCUUCCUUUUCUUGUCACUGAAAUUGAGAUGAAGAACUUACCUCCUCUCACACUGCAUGGAAUCGUCUGCAUUUCCCUCGGGUUCCGCAUACACAGUCUCGCACGAGGUGUGAAUCCUGAUACGGUACAACACCUUUGGUCGCGACUCUAUCACCACCGAGGAGCUGCUAUCCGUAUCCUCAAUCAGGAUAUUUCCGGAGAAGAUACUCGGGCCAGCAAUGCUACAAUCAGCGGGCUCGUGGUGUUCCUGGUUCAGGAGCUGCAACAGUCCAUCGACCCCAACUGGAAGUACCAUUUCGAAGGCGCAAUGGAACUCACGAAACUACGAGGCGGCAUGCUAGAGAUCUGCGCCGAGACUCCAUGCCUUAAGCCAGUUUUGACCCUCCUGAUGAUGAUCGGUGUCUUUGGAAACACGACGAGCCCAGCCGAAGGCCAGAUCGCACCCGAACCUCACUUCCAAAUGAUUGACGAAGUUGCACAGAUCUUUGAAACAGGCGGCCUCACACCAAUUGUCUGCCCAAAACAUAUAUUCUUCAGCAUAAUACGGAUAAACAACCUACGAUCCCAGGCCGCCAAAGGGGUCUUGCCCAGGAACUCGUCCCGAUCGACAGCCGAAGCACUUCUCCGAGACAUCGAGUCGUUCUCCCCAUCACAAUGGGCCGAGACUAAGGAUUCAUACGUUGAGGAAUGGACCCUGCUCGGCACCAUUUUCCAAACCUCUGCUGCUCUGUACUGCAUAUGCUCUCUCCAGAGCGUUGCCGUGCUCCCUGCUACUAUCGGGAUGGAAACAAUAAAGGCCAGCUACCGAGCCCGCCACCUCCAACUUCUCGAAGAGGGAAUGAAUAACCGGCGGGUGACACAGACCUUGCUGUGGCCGCUUGUCGUUGCCGGGGUAGUUGCGGUGGGGAGCGGCGCGUCGCUGAAGACGCGGGCGUUUGUUGAGCAUUCUUUGGUGGCGUUGAUCUGGGGAUACGAGGUGGGAUGA